AAGAGGCCGUGGAAAAUGACUCAGCAGUUGAGCUCCGAGUAUUUAAAGCUUCUCCCGGAGUUCGGCUAACGCAGACUAGUAGCGGCUGUUCGUGGAACGAAGCGGGUUAAUAUAUUGGGAAGGAAUCUUCUGGUUUCCCUGCUCUUCUUGUUGAUCCAACGGAGUGACACCACCUGCUUUGUCCUUCAGCUGGAAACCAGGGGAGAGUCGACUGGCAAAAGAACUUGCUCCGGGUAACAGACAACUCUCAAACAGCAGGAUCUGCUUUUUGGAUAAUGGAAUUCCCAGACUUGGGUAAACAUUGCUGUGAGAAGACUUGCAAGCAACUGGACUUCUUACCGCUGAAAUGCGAUGCCUGUGAGGAGGUCUUUUGUAAAGACCACAUCGCGUAUAGCCGGCACAGGUGUUCUUCUGCGUACAAGAAGGAUGUGCAGGUUCCAGUGUGUCCUCUCUGCAGCACUCCCAUCCCGAUAAAGAAGGGAGAGAUGGCUGAUGUUGUAGUCGGGGCCCACAUGGACAAAGGCUGCCAACGGGAUUCUGCCCCACAGAAGGAAAAGAUCUUCACAAACAAGUGUUCCAGAUCUGGCUGUAAAAAGAAAGAGAUGAUAAAGCUUGUUUGCGGCCAAUGUCUCCAGAACUUUUGCCUCCAACACCGGCACCCGCUGGAUCACAAAUGCCAAUGGCAAGGCCGGAGCAUCUCAAAAGCAGGAUGUGCAGCUCAGUUUAGGCUGCUGGAAUCCAGCCAGAAGUCCUUGAACUGUCAACUUCCGCACAACAGGUAAAUGGUGCAGACCAAAGAGCUGAUGUACAAACCGAAGCCAGAGCCACUUCAAUCUCUUGUAAAUACUUUGGUCUUAAAACUUGUGAAAUCUUUCUGCUUCUGUACUAAAUAUUUUGGAUUUUAAGCUCUAAUGAAACCAGCUUUUCCUUUGGAACUCCCUGCUGAGGGACCAGAAGGCCACUGAGUUUAACCCUGUAUGAUCCAGACUAGCAUACAGGAAGCAGUUCCUUGCCACAUUGCCAGGGGGCGGGGACACACUAAAGAAUAAACUCAGCAGGCUCAAGCAAGGGAGCCAAGUAUUUCUUUUUUCCUUCUUUCUCUAUCUUUUCACCCUUCCCUCCUGGCCAGACCAAAGUCAAAUCGAGCCAUAAAUACUAGCUGUGAACCUUGAUAAUGUUGUAGGAAAACUUUAAUGUUUGGAGUGACUGUCCCAUGAGCAGGGAAAGCGAUGGUCAAGUGAACUGGCAUCAGCCAUGGCUGUACUGAGAUGCAAUGCUGGAAAUGGCCACAUGAGGGCACAUAUCGGCUUCAACUUGAGUUGAUAAAAUAAGCUCCGCUCUUCGAUUUUUUUUUUUAAACCCGCCUGUUAAGUGUUGAACCGACAGACUGUUGGAAAACAUCGCAAUAGUUGUUGCUGCUAAAAAUGGAGGCCAAAUUAAGAACCAGAGGAGGAAGAAAGUGAUUAUAGAGCAUUGAUAGAAUGCCCCCUGUUGGCAUCCUUACACCUAAAUUUAGCCUAGGGACGAACUGAGAGCAGUGAUACCGAGCAUAGUUAUUUGAAACAAGAAUACAUUUAUAUAGCGGUGGAGCUUGCUGUUCAGUAAUAUGGAUGAUACUGAAUGUAAAGUACAAAAUAAUUCACUUUUUUAGAAACACAAGCCCAGGACUGAUUUGGGUAGAGUUCCCAAUUCCAACUUGGGGGAAAAUUCCUGGAGAUUCAGGGGUGGAGUUUAGGGAGGGGACCUCCGCAGGGAUGUGACGCUGCCCAGCCUGACCUCCAAAGCUUCUGUUUCCCCCAGGGGCACUGUUUUCUACAGGCUGGAGAGCAGCUGUAAUUGUGGGGAAACACUCCAGCCUCCCCCUAUAGGCUGGUAACCCUAGGUCACAGUACUGGACCGGUGGAGCCAUCAAAACAGGGGUUCUUACUACACAGAAUGGCCGAUGUCGUAAGUAAGUAUUUGCCACAAGAGGUUUCUCCAGAAUUUAAGUGGGAUCAGCUACUAUAGGAUCACUUCUGCUACAUGUGUGUCUUUUUGGAGUCCAUUAUGUCUGCAGUUUUUGGAACAACCUGUGCCUGAUGGAACUUGAGACUUGUCAAAGAGACAAGACUUCAAUUUUAAAAGUGAUUUAUUACAACAUUUAUGUCCUUAUCUUCCCUCUUGGCUAAAGACAGCUAUAAAAAAGCCUGGCAGGCUGUACAUGCUGGAAAAUUUUUACUACCCUUCAGUACAAACACUGGAAAGAGAAAACAUUGUUUCACUAGAGUAAGAGGAUAAAAAGAGUAAAUAAACCAAAUUGUUUGAAUAACUUGUGAUUUUCCUA